AAUACUCGCGGCCCAGCCUUCUUUUUUCAGCCCACUCUGCCCCAGUCCAACAAAUUGUAUUAGGCUUCCCAUCAUGGCCUGGGCCUGCUCCAUUUCUUACGUCUGCUGUGUUUGGUCUAGUGGCCUCUUCACAACUCGACCGUUGACUCGUCUGCGACUAACCCUAGCGGCCUAUCAUCGAAUUGACAAAAUCGAAAAGCGGCAAAGGGAAUGGGAAGGGGAAGGAAAUGAAGAACUAAGAAGAAGCCGAGCCGAAUCCGACGCACUUGCAGCGACUGCCGACCGCGACUCCUCCUCCACUGCCCGAGCACGACGACGUCGACGGCCCGACCUGAGAGGCUGCUUCGUCUCCCUCUCAAUUCGAUCCUCACCGGCUCACCCUCGCCACCAGGCACCGCUAUCCGGCUCUCCGCCUCCCACAAUCCCACCCAGACCCAGGCAAGCACACACCGGCCGCCGAGUCUCCUCCGGCUGCCACUGAAUUUUCAGUCGCCUCCGAAUGCCAUCACUCGAAACUCCCUCCUCUACUCGUACACUCCAACUCCGAAGUCAGACUCCAAACUUCCAAAGCCACAAUCGACAUGACUGCCUCCACCAGUCGGAAACCGGGCAAACAAAAGAAUACCGGCGGUCCACCAACACCAAUACUACCGACAAUCAACAAAUUCCAGUUGAGAAAGUACAUGUUUUGGUAGGUUAUUAAUUGUUGAGUUUGGAUGUUUUGGCAGAUUUGUUGCUAAUUUAUAAUUUUGUAAGUUUAGAGUUUGUAAGUUUAGAAUUUGCAAUGAAAAUAGUUGGGAAGGCCGAGGCCCUGUCAAUUGUCAUGAUAGUUCCCUUCAUCAAACUUGGGUUUAAUUAUCAAGUGUUCUUACAAGAAGUGCAUUCCCUAUAUCAUUUGAUAAACAAGUGGGAGACGGAAGUUGAUAAAGAUGUCAACUUGAGUAUCAUGGCAACCAAGAUGUAGAUGAAGUACAAGAAGUAUUGGGGAGAUGUGGAUAAAAUGAACAAGCUACUUUACAUAUCCACUGUAAUGGAUCCGAGGUACAAGAUGGGUUUGUUGACUUUGCUUUGAAAAGGGUGUAUCAUGAGGGUGGCAAAAGAGCACGUAUGGUGGGGGAUUUGAAGACCGCUACAUUUGAUCUAUGUGCUCACUAUGAACAGCUUUGGAAGUCAAAACAAAGCAAUAAUGCCUCUACUUCUUUGGCCCCAAUUGCGGAGGAGUGUGAUGCUGAUGAGCUUGAUCUACUUGAUGAAUACAGAAAGCAUAGAGAGCAAAUUGUAGGGGCGAAACAAAUCUGAGCUUGAGAAAUACCUUCGUUAGGAAGACGAGCCAAUGGUGCUCAAAUUUGAUGUACUAGGUUGGUGGAAGCUUAACAUCUUGAGGUUUCCUGUCCUUUCCAUGAUGGCUAAGAAUGUUCUAGCGGUUCCAAUCUCUACCGUUGCAUCUGAAUCUGCCUUUAGCGCUGGUGGGAGGAUUCUAGAUGAUUUCAGAAGUUCAUUGACUCCUAAGAUAGUAGAGGAUUUAAUUUGUAGCUCAGAUUGGAUUCGAGGUGAUUCUGCACCACCAUUAACCGAGGAGGAUCCAAAAGAGGUUGAGAAAAUAGAUGAAGGUAAGUUUCUAAUUUAGCAUUACAUAUUUACAACAUGAUUAAUUUUUAUGUCAUGACUAAUUUUGAGUCUAUUUAAUCAUACAUAAUUGGACAAGUUGAUGAAUGCAAUCUCUAUAAGAGAUAAUCUAGUUUCAUCUACCUCGACUUCCAAUGUAGCGAGUGGGAGGAGGAACGAUGGCAGUGCAUCCACUAGUGCUUGUGGUGAUACUUCCGAUGUUUCUAUGCAUGAUUGAUGACUUCAAAGGUAAGAACUAAUGAUUUUAUUCUACUUGGUUACUUGUGAUUAGCUCAAAAAUUAUUAAUCACUAACCAUCACUGUUUCGUGUUUAUUGUACUAUUUUCGAAUUCAAAGGUGUCAAUUGUCCUAGAGGGAAGAGCCAAGAAGCAAGACCUUUGGAGUUUGUACAAGUUAUGCUUGGAAUUUAUACAUUGGUUACCUUUCUCUUGUUAGUUUGAACUUAGAAUAAUUUGUGUUGUAAUGAAUAUUUGGAUUUGGAAGAACUUAAUGUAAUGUAAUGUGUUUGUGUUGAAUGUGCUUGAUUUAUCUUCCAACUUGAUGUAAUGUGUUUGAACUUGAUGUAAUGUGUAGUGGACAAUUGAUUUAUCUUCCAAAUUUAAAUGCUUGUUUUAAUUAAUUGUAUUUGAUAGACAUGUGAAAUGGCAGGUGGAAAAGUAUAAAUGGCAUGUGAAAUG